AUGUUGCAGAUAAGAAAUAAAUAUAUGGAUGCAGUGAUGACCAAGGAUGUAAAAUAUAUAUGUGUGGUUUUAACUUUUUUCCUUACUGCCUAUUACAGCUCCUCAUGGCAGGGUAUUAUGUGUGAUAUAACCACAGACAUGCUGAGAUAUUUGCAAAACUCCGGACCGCAGGGUUCUCCACAACACCUUGUGAAGUUUUUCUGUCUGUACUCGUUUGCCGCCAUUGUCUUCAUCUUUCUUUACUGUUUGACAAUAUUUGUCGGUUGCUUGGCAUUGCAAGGACGAUUAGAAGCAAAAAAUUUCAAUUCUCUUCUGAUGAAUCCCGUGAAAGAUUUAGCACUUCCAGGUAACACUGUGUCUGAGAAUAAUAAUGAUAUCGAGAAGAAGUUCAACUACACGCAGGGUUCAAUUUCGAUUGUACGCAAACGGAUGUGGUACCAGAAGUUCUUUGAGGACUGCUAUGCGUCAUUUAUUGUCAAUCGAUGGACUGUCGUGUUCUCUAUCUUUCUCUUUGGAGUUUACGCAAGUAUUGCAGUUGCCGGGAUACAGAAAGUCGUCGUAGGAUUCGAUCUGAUAAAUAUCGUGCUUGUCAAGUCACGACCACGAAAUUUCCUGGAGUUACGAAAGAAAUUCUUCCCCGAUGAUAUUACACGGAUGAAUAUUGCGGUGAUGCGACCACCCAGCAUGGCACUCGCCAACGAAAGGUUACUGUUCCUGAGAUUUCUGGAGAAAAUCGAGAGUACGUCGUGCUCGGUUGGCCGUAACAGCACUGAAUUCUGGUACUUCUCGUUUGAAAACUACAUGAAAACGUUGGGAUUCGGUGAUACCUUUAUUGAAAAUUCACGUGGUUUUUUCCUGGCUAAUGAUAAGUACUCGUACGACGUGCUACGUUACUCAAAUGGAACCACGCAGGCAUUCAGACUGUCUACUCGACUACGAAACGUUUCAUCUGAUGAGCUAAUUCAUCGUUGUGCACAAUGGAUGAGGUCGGUUGAUAAUUAUGGAACCUUAGUAAUCACCUAUACUCCGCUAUGGAAUCUCGCCGAUCAAUACGAAAUUAUGUGGCCGCAAACACUUCAGGAUCUUUACAUAUCGAUUGUUGUUAUGCUAUGCGUCGCUGCGUUGUUUAUACCUCAACCGCUCUGUGCACCAUUGAUUGGCGCGUCGAUAGCGUCCGUAGCAUUUGGGGUGAUCGGCAUCAUGCCGUUUCUUGGAGUAAAUCUGGAUGCGACAUCGAUGAUCACAAUAGCGAUGAGCGUCGGAUUCUCUGUUGAUUUCGCCGCACAUGUUUCGUAUGCGUUUAUGACACAGAAGAUAAGUGAUGAUUUGUUCGUUCGUCUACGAAACACCAUGGGUACAGUGGGUUGGCCAAUUACUCAGGCAUCACUAUCCGUACUGCUUGGCAUCUCAUCACUGUCGUUUGUGGACAGCUACGUCGUACAAACGUGCUUUAAAACUGUUAUGCUCGUCAUAGUAUUUGGUAAUUGUUGCCAUGUUUUUUCUUGCCUGUCUUUAUUGAUAUUCAUAUGUACACGUGUUACUGGUGCCCAUGGAUGGCUACGAAUUUAA